AUGCGAGCAUUCCUACAAAAAUUGCGGGGAGGUAAUAGCUCCAAAGGGAGUUCGAAUAAUGGAUACACACCGACUUCAAGAGAGUUAGAGAAGGAAAAGUCCUUUCCACCUCUCCCGGAAUGGCCUCCGCCAGCUCUCAACACUACUCGCAAAGACACCACUAUCAAUGUCCCAAUCCCCUCUACUGCCGCCAUUCCUUUGACCUUUGAACCUCCUCCUUCAAGUGUUAAGAACACUCCUAAUUUCCCGACAGCUGGUCGUCCGUCUUUAUCCACCGCUACCGAAUCCGAAUUACCUCCAGUACCAACUGAACCUCAAACGGUCGAGCCAAAAGCGGAAGAAAAGCCUAGAAAAUCCCUGACUAGUGCUAACGGCAGAUCUACUCCUACAGCAGCAUCUAAAACCUCGCACUCCCGGAAGAACAGCGCGGGCACGCCGCCGCCAGGCGCCAAUAGCUCCACUGCAAAUCCACUCCCAAAGAUCAAUGGUGCAACAAGCACAUUCGCCACGCCAGGAUACGGCCUCGAUGAGCGUCGGAAGGCCAACGAUUCCGAGACCGCGCCGGCCAAGUCUGUGGUUACACGGAUCGUGGGUCUUCAUGAGGGGCGGGGAUCCACAUCCACUAAUCACACGACUGGUACAGCGAGGACUGGGGCAGUGGGCACGCUCAAGAAUGGCUCAGUGCGUGCCCUAGUCACCUCGCCCACGCCAGGUAGUACCUCCAAUCAUGCUAGUACAGUUCCGGCGCACCGACAUCAUGGAUCUCAGCCUCAUGGGCGAUAUAAUGCGAUGGGACUGCCCAUGGCAGAUAAUGUCUCCCUACUCAGACCAGGAACCUCAAUGUCACACGCGUCACAGAAAACGGGCGUACUGACCACUGCGUCAUGGAGCGAGGCCGCCCAAGAAGACCUUGUCAUGAACCUAGGACAGCGAGAGCGGACACGACAGGAAGUUUUAUGGGAGAUUGUCGCUUCAGAGCAAAGAUAUGUACACGAAUUGAUGAUGAUGAAGGAAAGCUUCAUUGAUCCACUACUACACCCCUUUGCGGUAAAUCCUCUGGGUGCUCAGAGCGACGACGAGUAUCGGAGUGACUCACCUGUCCAAUCCUUUGAGCAUUUGCCUAUUGCGUCUCGGUUCCUCGGGCCAAUGUCUCUUCGGUCUCCCACCCCGAACACACCUAAUACUGCUGUUUCAAGCCAGCGCACACCCAUGAUCCCUACUCCAGACCAGGAUUCCGACACAGACCAAGGCGAAUAUGACGAGCCUGGAGCCAACGCGGGCAAACUUAUUGCGUCUGCCAAGACUGGGAAGAAGAAUAGUGUAGCGCUUUCUGCUGCUGCCAAAGCGAAUCACCCGAGAUCGCCGUAUGGGACAGCUUCGAGGGCUGGAGGUGCUACUGCAGCCAUGGGCGUCAAUCCAAGGAUAGCAAGGAUCACGACUCAAGUAUCUUCGCGAUCUCAUCAAUCUUUGCCACCCCCGCCACGAUCAAAUACUACACCAGCUGGAGGGGCCACCUCUACUACUUCACUCGGCAAGAAGUCUACGCAUGACGAACGGGAACCAAAUAGGCCUGCCACGACCGAGCCAACUCGCCAUCGGACUAGUAGACAUGCUCAUUUCGCUCCCUCCCCACCUCCUGGCCGUGUCCUCAAGAAGACAAGAAAGAAUUCAGAGGAUAGACCACGGUUGGUCGCUUUCCCUGGAGCUGUUCCACCCCAUGUUCUCCCUGAGGAUCUCCGCAAGUGUCUGGAGGUGAUUGAAACUGGCAUCCUAAUGGGCCAUUUGAAAUUAAGUGAAGCAUUGAGGAAGCGUUACGACGAACAGUAUCCGCUAGUCAGAAGCCUGGCGGAUGUUUUCGUGGGAAAUUCCGAUAUUCUCACUGAAUAUGCAACCUAUGUGCUGCAUUUGGAAAAAGCCCUUGAGCAGGUUGAGAAUGCAAUCAACGCUGCGAAUCCCUUGAAGCGCUCACGGCAGCCAGAGUCAACUGAUCAGGUCAAGAUCGGAAAGCUUCUGCUCGCCCUCGAUAAAGCCGCUGGGGAACGUGGAGAGACUGGCCUAGCGAUUUCCUUAUCAAAGCCAUUCCAACGUCUCUUGAAAUAUCCAUUGCUCUUCCAGAAUCUGCUCUUUCAUACAGAUCCUUCAACAUUUGAGUACGAAAGUACUCUGCAGAUGGUUUCUGAGGUCGAAACUAUCGUACGCUCCAUUGAAGAUGAAAAGAUUCAAAAGGAGGAACGUGAUAAGACACGUGACGCUAUAGCGCGUAUUGAUGGGCUCGAAAAAGAUAAGAUGCUUGCGGUAUUCAAGCCGUCAAGACUGUUGAUAGAAGAGCGUCCUCAGGAAGGCUCUUUUGCUGACCUCCAGGCCAAAACGCCGCCUCCUGUAUCUGGUAACAGUGCAAGAAACCAAGGUGUCAAACAAAAGGCCUCGUUCCGACGAAUAAGCGAAGUUUUGCAGUCCAAAGAAGAGAAGAACGGACUCGGGAGCAAGCGAGAUCUAUGGCUUGUUGUAUUCAAUGAUGUGGUUCUCUUGUGUCAACGUAUUGGCACAACAACUCUUCCACUUUCCACUAGCGCCAAUCCGAGGUCCAACUCCCUCCCUGAUACCCAAGGCAAAUCAAAAUACAGUACGAAUGGAAAGCGCACUUCGGCCGUGCGACCUCGAAACUUGUAUCGUUUGAUUAAGAUCGAGAGCUGGACCAUCAACGACAAGCCCAAACCGCGCGAGCUUGUCUCAAAGGAAGCUGGGCAUCUCUUGGGCUCGGGAGAUGAGCCAGAGGAGGAGGGUGAAGGCGAGGAAUCAGAUGAUUCAGAUCGCAAGAGCAAGAUGAGCUUCUCUUACUGGGGAGCAGACAAAGUCACUCUUACGAAGCCAGUGGCCCGCAGAGGCGUUCCCACCAAUGCCUCUCGUACUCAACUCCGUACCAAACCCGUUGCGCCAUCAUCGUUUGCCGGUCGCCAGUCAGAGAAAGACGCAAAGUUUGGAGGUCGUUUACGCUCGCCAGAGAACAGCGAUGGUAGUGUUGUUGGCUCGAACAGACCCAACAGCCGACGAACUGGCCCAACAGCAUCACCAUCCAUGGCAAGGAAGAACAUUGUCAGCACUACAGCUGAUUCCAAGUUCACUACUGGAAGCAUGAUAUCUGUCACAUCCAAGACCGACAACGGGAGGGCAAGUACAGCUACUGUAACCGCACAACCUGCGAAACGAGUCCGAAACGUCUCUAUCACGAGUGGCCAACCACGGGUUGGUAACACCAAGACUUUGAGCGCGGUUCCAUCGGAAGACUCGGGGGUGGGCAUGUACCGCCAGAUUAUUGCCUAUGAUCCAAGCAUCUCAACCACGAAAUCAUGA